AUGUCACCGCAUUCGGACGCCCAAGGAAAUGCCUCACCUCCCGCGUCGGUGAGGUCAAAUGCGCCGCAAACCCCCAGCUCUGCCGUCUUCCAGCCACUGCGCGCCUCUCCGGAGCAGCCCGUCGUGACACCACGCAAGCUCUCGCAGACUGGCCGCUCCAAGACGGCGCCCAUUGCCCCGGAGAAGAGCCUCUGGCAGUCGUCCUUGGACCGGCCCCAGCUCGACGAGCGCGACAGCAUCUUCUCCACCACCUAUCUAGCGUCGGACAGCCCCAUCUCCUCCCCGCGCGCCAACGCAGCACACACGACUGCGUCAAACGACGAUGCCCCUGCGCACAGCUUGUCAGACAUGGCCGUACCAGCCCCGCUGCAGAGGCGACUGAUCGACCCGCCCUUCUUCCGCACCAAGGAGUCGACCUACCCUCCCGUAGCCCUCCACCACUCCCAGUCUAUCCUGGCAACCCAGUUCGCUCAACACACCCCAAUUGAUUCCGUCGCGGGGCUCCAAGGCGUCCGCCACAGCCCCCCGCCCUACAUGAGUCCUGUCGAUUCUCCUGUCCGCCGAUCGUCCACACCGCACAACGUAGACGCUCACGCCCCUCUAUCCAAGGCAUUGACUGAUACCGAAGAGAGGCGCCGGAACAGGGAAUGGCGAGAAGGGAAGCCUGUGCCUUUUAGAGGCAGCGCUGCGCACGAAGACUUAGCUUUAGAGGAUCAAGCUGUGAAGAAGAUUGAAGCAACGCUACCCAAGACGGAGCAACCAUCUUCAGGACGCAGUCGGAAGGCGAGCCACUUCCUCCGUGUCUUCAAAGAUGCAGAGGGUCCUGAAGAGCAGCAGAAGCGGGAGAUUCGAUCCAAGGACCGCCGUCCUACCGACAACGCACUCUCCACACUUUCUGAAGAAGUGGAUGCCGACGCUCUGACGCACUCGCUCCAGCAAGUAUCACGCCCAACGUCCGUCGUUCAAACGCCCCACCACGAGGAUGUUGAAUCCUACUUUGAGAUCCCUGGCUCGGCGUCCAAGGACAAUGACUCAGCUCUCUCGUCGGCCGCCGCUAUGCAAACGGAUAAAAAGCGCCAGCUACCAUGGCCUCUUCUGGAAGAGAUCAGGAACUUCACCAAUCUCACGCCUGGUGCCCUUCCAGGAUCGUCCAUGUCGAGAAGCCUACCAGCUUCAGUCCUGAACAAACUUCAUGCACACGCAUCCAGAGCUAGAAGCCCGCAGUCUCAGGAUGAGCCGAAUGAUUACUUUCAACCCAAAGAGAAAGACGCGAACCAAUCACCGGCAUCCGAAGAGGAUGAAGACUCGGAGCGAGAACAGAUUUCGUCCGCGCUGUAUUUCCCCCAUCGCCAGCACAAAGCAGCCGAGCUGGUUCCUUCAGCUGAGGAGACAGGACGAUCGGAGAUGGACGAUAGCCGUAAGAGAGAUUCAAUUCAUGCGGGCAAAGUACCCAGAGGUUGGGAUACAGGAGAGGCUGUUAAAACUCCUGAAGAAGUAGAAAUUUCUCUACAGUCCCAAGAUACCAAUCAAUGCCUACAUGGUGACCUCGCUGCGACAGCAUCAGUGCAGAAAGAGAACGACAACCCGUCGACAUCUGCGUCGUUUGAUGCAUUUUCAGCUGAAUCUGAAUCUGAAAUGGAAUCGCUAGCAGAGUCCACACAGUCUCUUCUUGGAUAUGAAUCGAGUGCGACUGACGACCUAGGCACGACGCCCACUGCCACGAUAAUCAAGCCCGAGCACAAGACUGCGACAGCGCCUGCACCACAGCCGCCAGCACCGCUUGGCGCUGUGGAGCUGAAACCGUACAACCAUCAAGUGGGCGGUCAUUCCACCGUGUACCGCUUCUCGAGGAGAGCAGUUUGCAAGCAGCUCAACAACCGCGAGAAUGAAUUUUACGAGACGGUCGAGCGGCACCAUCCUGAGUUGCUGGAUUUCUUGCCAAGAUACAUUGGAGUUUUGAAUGUUACGUAUCGCAAAGCGCCAAAGAAGAAGAAAAAAGACAAGACCAAAGCAGAAACAGAAUCCACGGCUCCGAACGCACAAGCCGUCAAUCCACCCAAUGGCAAAGCGCCAGCAGCCUCUCAGGAGGCGAAAGCCGAAGAUCAACCCAGGGUUGUUAGUCAUUCACAACAGCAGAUGCCUGCACCACAGGUCAUCUUUGCCAACAACCGGCACAUCAUCCCGGACGACCUGUUCGGUGUUCCACCACGAUCGGCUACACCAGACCCCUGGUCCGGCAAUGGCUCGUUCUCCUCGCAGUACCACAGAAGAAAUCAAAGUGUGCAAGACUACUCUUCAAACAGCUCGGAAAGACCCCCGAUGAAGCACCACAGCAGUUGGGGCGUUACUACUAUCAACCGAAAGCUGCAAGAAGAAGUGCUUCGUCAGGUAUUUGCGCCACCCACCAUUCAUCAACGCCAACGUCACCAGCACCAUGGUAUUGGAGCUCGUAGAAUGGGUGGCGAUAGUGCACAAUCUGUGGCUGGAUCCGCACCGUCGAUGAGACGAAAUAGCACAGAUGUCUCUGUCCUGCAGCCUGGACUCAGAGAAGAGUCCCCGCGUAAGCAGAUUCUGAAGGCCAACGCCGAAGCACGUCGACAAGCUGCGGACGCAAGCGAGCUCGCCGUCAGUUUCGGUUCGCCUGAAGAGCUGAGGACGCGGAACCCAGAGUUGCUGCAGCCAUCUCCAAACAACGUUCCUCGACGAAGACACUCCGGUAGUGGACUUGUGCGCAGGCCCCUAGGGCUGGACUCUGAUAGGAGACACAACCUCGAGUUUUAUGAAGAGGAAGGCUAUGGUGGGGAUGGCGAGGAAGAAGUCUUUGCCAUGGAUGAGGACCGGACCUCACUAUCCCCUACCAAGAGCCCUCAAAAGAAUCAGCGGCUGCUUUCUGAUAGUCUACCAUCCGCAAAUAACACCACUAAUGACUCGGAAGGCCUGAUGCCCCCGGCUCCAGUCACACCUAAAAAGACAGCAGAGCCCUAUGCAAUCAAAGAACCUGCGAACCCCGAAGAAGCUCAGCAACAACCUGACGAGCGUGUACAGCACUUCAUCCUUCUUGAGGACCUGACUGCAGGCAUGUCACGGCCUUGCGUAUUCGACCUCAAGAUGGGUACCCGUCAGUAUGGCGUCGAAGCCAAUGAGAAGAAGCAACGGUCGCAGCGUCGCAAAUGUCAGAUGACGACGAGCCGUGAGCUUGGCGUUCGUGUCUGUGGCAUGCAGAUAUGGAAUGUGAAGACCCAGAGUUAUAUCUUUGAGGACAAGUACUACGGUCGUGAUCUCAAGGCCGGUAAGGAAUUCCAGGACGCGCUCAAGAAGUUCUUCUGGGACGGCACUGGAUACAAGGCAGCCAAUCGACAUAUUCCCGUCAUUUUGGAGAAGAUCAGUCAGCUCGAACGCAAGAUCAGGAAACUGCCGGGCUACAGAUUCUAUGCCAGCAGUCUUCUCAUGAUGUACGAUCAGGCCGAUGGCGAACAGAAAGAUAAGGAGAGCGCAUCUCAGCAAAAUGGGCUCGCGACCCCGAGCGGUGAUGACCUGUCUGCUGCACCUUCGGCUGCACCAUCUGGCCCUACUUCUCCAGGCCCAGCACCCACGUUAAAUGUGUCGCCGCCAAAGGACAAAUCAGAAAUCAAGCUCAGGAUCGUCGACUUUGCCAACUGCGUUACUGCCGAAGACACGCUUGAGGGCGCACCCUGUCCGCCUAGGGACCCGGACGAGGUGGACAGAGGCUACCUGCGGGGUCUUCGAUCACUGCGGUUGUAUUUUCAGCGCAUCUAUCGCGACAUCAACGAAGAAUGGGUGGAGCGUGGCGAAGGCGAAGGCAUGGCUCGUGGAAACCACCACCACGGUCCUGGACUCAGCGAGGUCGGGGGUGGGUGGAUGGACGAGCCUGGUGGCGAAGACACCGGAUACGUUAGUUUCUAG